UGAAGUUAUUCACCUUACUCUGUACUAAUGUCGGGUUUUGGAUCACGCCGGCGAGACUUUUCAGUUUUCACCUUCACCACAAAAAAGAGAGUACAGAUCAGGAAGAUCUUUGCACGCGGCUAUCCUAUCAAAGCAGUCAAAAAGGAAAGCAAAAGGAAAAAUACCAGAACUCGGGGCCGGAAUUUUAUGAGGACUCCAUCGGUUCGCCGUGCCUCCCAGACUUCAAUCGCCGGCGGUUGCCGCUUCCACAACACCUGCCGCCGAUCUUCACAAAAGGCGGGGGCUUCUUAUAACGGCUUGUUGAGCUAGUUACACGACGAAGGAAGGAACAAGAAGCAGCAGAAGAGAAUCAUGGAUGCCCUUAGAGAAUCACACAUCCAGCAAAAGAAGAUGCGCCGGUUACUGCUCUUCCCUACUCCACUACAAGGCCAUAUCAACCCCAUGAUUCAGCUAGCUCACAUCCUCUAUUCCAAGGGUUUCUCCAUCACCAUACUCCACAACAAUUUCAACUCACCAGAUCCUUCCAAGUACCCAUUUUUCACUUUCCAUCUGAUCCCUGAAGGGUUAUCCGAAAAGGAAUCGUCUUCCAUGGAUGCUACCUCUCUCAUUGCACUCCUCAACGAGAAGUUGGCUGAGACAUUGCAAGACCACUUGUCGAUGUUGCUUUCUGAGAAUACAGAUGAUCCUGUUGCUGCGUUAAUCGCGGAUGCUAGCUGGAAUUUCACUCAGGGGGUUGCAGAUGCUGCUAAGCUCCCUAGGUUUGUGUUGCGCACGAGUAAUGCUUGCUCCUUCCUUGUUUACAAUUCGUUCCCACUACUCCUGGAGAAAGGCUACAUGCCUGUCAAAGAAUCUCGGUUAGAAGAGCUUGUCCCGGAGCUCCCACCGUUGAAAGUGAAGGACUUACCAGAGAUCAAGAUGAAAAAGCCUGAGGAUUUCUUCUAUCUGGUUGCUGGCAUGAUUAGGACGGUCAAUGCUUCCUCGGGUCUCAUCUGGAACUCAUCUGAAGACUUGGAACAAGACGCCCUGAUCAAGUGUCGCCAAGUAUUUAAUGUCCCUAUCUUCAACAUAGGCCCCUUUCACAACUACUUCCCACCUAGCAGCUCACCAGCAGAAUCUCAGGACUCCAUUUCCUGGCUAGACACACAAGCUCCAAACUCGGUAAUCUAUGUGAGCUUCGGCACCAUGGCAGUUCUUACUCAAACCGAGUUCCUGGAGAUUGCAUAUGGCCUGGCGAAUAGCCAGCAGCCGUUUCUGUGGGUGGUUCGACCUGGAUCAGUGCAGGGAUCAGAAUGGUUGGAACUCUUGCCCGAUGAGUUUCUCGAGAAGGUACGUGGAAGGGGAGAAAUUGUGAAAUGGGCGCCACAGCAGGCUGUGCUUGCUCACCCCGCAGUUGGUGGGUUUUGGACGCACUGUGGAUGGAAUUCGACGUUUGAGAGCAUUUGUGAAGGGGUUCCAAUGAUCUGCCACCCCUCGUUUGGUGACCAGAAGGUGAACGCAAGGUAUGUAAGUGAUGUUUGGAGAGUUGGGAUUCACUUGGAGGAUAAGAGGGAUAGAGCUGCGAUAGAGAAAGCAAUCAGAACGCUAAUGGUAGAGGAUGAAGGGGUUGAAAUAAGACGGAAAAGCCUCGCUUGGAAGGAGAAGAUUGAUGGUUCUCUUAAGCAAGGCGGAUCGUCGUACCAAUGUCUGGACAGCCUGAUCAGCAGCAUAUUGUCGUGCUAGGAUAAUGCCAUCUCCACUCAUAGACUAGUUAGUAAUUGUUGUAUGUUUUUGAGUUUCCUCACCCUGUAACUUAGCUCGGGCUUAUGAACUGAAGCUUAAUACUUGGGAUAAAUCAUGGGUAAACCAACCAUAGCAACUUAGAUAGCUGUAUACUUUUAGUGACCAGAACAGAUUACUGCAAGACUGCAAGAGGCAAUGUAGCUGAAUUUUAAACUGCUUUUCUCGUUUACACCGAAACAUAAUGUUGCUUCUACAUUAAUUCCCAAUUUCCCCCAACUCCUGUACUUGAGAACUACUCAUCAGCUUGAUAUCUUCAAUCAAAAGUUCCAAAUUCCUGUACGACGAUCCACCUUCCUCGACACUCUCCUUCGCCAUUCUCGCCAUCUCCACAGCCUUCCUCCGAAACUCUUCCUUCCUCUCCACCAUCCUCGCCACGACCCUUCUGUCACAGACAUCCUUCAUAUCCAAACCCAACUUCAGAACCUCACUCACAAACCUACUGUUCACUUGCUGGUCCGCAAAAAACGGCCAGCAGAUCAUCGGAACGCCAGCCACAAUGCUCUCCAGGGUCGAGUUCCACCCGCUGUGGGUCAAGAACCCACCAACCGCCUCGUGACCCAGAACCGCUUCCUGAGGCACCCAACCCACCAGGACCUUCAAAUUCCCCUUCUCAACUCCUUCAACUAACUCUUCAGGCAUCUGGACGUCAUCAGCCAUCUCUCCUGAACAAACCGAACCGGGCCUGAUGACCCACAAAAACCGGUUCUUGCUACCGGUCAGGCCUUCCCAGAACUCGAUCACUUGGUCUCUUCUCAUCAUCGUGAUGCUCCCGAAAUUGACGUAUAGCACGGAGCCAGGUGGCUGAGCAUCCAGCCACGUCAGACAGCUCGCUUCUUCCUUCCACAGACUGCUGGACGAUGAGGCCGUCCCGAGCCGUGAUUACAGGUGUUCGUGGGCCGGCCCAAUUGUGUAGGUUUUGGGGAGGCGUUGGCGGAUUCGGGCCUGAAUUGGGCCGUCCAAAUCGUCGAACGUGUUGAGGAUGAGAGGAUACGCCGGUGAAGAAGAUUCUCUCGUCGCCUUUACGACCCGAAUCAUGGUCGGGUCGUCGGUACCUGCCCGGCAGUACCCGGGUAGAUCCC